CUUUUUAGACGCGGUAAAAUUUUCCGGUAUAUUAUACUCGUAUGCAGCUGUAAACUCAACUGGGAAAACACAAACAAAAUACAGAUCACAUCCCCCCAAAUUUUGCAGCAGCUUCACCAUUUCCUGCUUCCAUGACCUCACUAUAGUAGAAUGAAUCAUUCACUCUACUGACCCAAUUUGUCCGCCAUUUCUGCAACCUUCCACAAUGCUUCUCUCUUACCACAUUUUCUUCCUUCUUUCUCUGUUUCUCUUUCUCUCUCCUCCUCUGUCUUCCGCCACCACCAACCUCGUACUUCCCCAUCAACACCCUGACCCUGAAGCUGUUGCUCAAGAUGUUCACAGAAUGGUGAAUGCCUCACUUGUAAGAAGACAAAUGCUUGAAGAUUCCAAGCACACACCUUCAUCCUCUUGCUUAACUGGCAACCCAAUAGACGACUGCUGGCGGUGCGACCCACAUUGGGCAUCGAACCGCCAGAAGUUAGCCGAUUGCGGCAUUGGCUUCGGCCAAUCCGCACUAGGCGGAAAAGGGGGUCAGAUCUAUGUAGUCACUGACUCAUCCGACUCUGAUGCAGUAAACCCGAAACCGGGUACGCUUAGGUAUGGUGUGCUCCAAGAUGAACCCUUGUGGAUUGUUUUUUCGAGUGACAUGACAAUCAAGCUCAAAUAUGAGCUAAUUGUUAGUAGUUACAAAACUAUUGAUGGUAGAGGAGCAAAUGUACACAUUACAGGUGGUGGGUGUAUCACACUUCAGUAUGUAUCGAAUAUUAUCAUACACAACAUCCAUGUGCAUAACUGUGUUCCUGCCGGCAAUGCGCUUGUGCGGUCGAGUCCUACUCAUGUAGGGUACCGGUCGAAAUCGGACGGUGAUGGGAUGACAAUUUUUGGGUCAAGUAAUAUUUGGAUUGAUCAUUGCUCUUUAUCUUCCUGUACUGAUGGGCUGAUUGAUGCUACUGUGGGGACCACAGCUCUCACCAUUUCUAACAGUCAUUUUACUCACCAUAACGAUGUUAUGUUGCUUGGUAAUAGUGAUGGCCAUGUGUUGGAUGAGGGAAUGCAGGUGACAUUGGCUUUUAAUGUGUUUGGAGAGGGAGUAGUGCAAAGGAUGCCUAGGUGUAGAAGAGGGUAUGUGCAUGUUGUUAACAAUGAUUUCAGGUAUUGGGAAAUUUAUGUAAUUGGAGGGAGUGAUAACCCCACAAUCAAUAGCCAAGGUAAUCGGUAUACAGCCCCGGCCAACCCGUAUAUAAAAGAGGUGACAAGGCGUGUGGAAUCAGGGGAUAAGAAUUGGCAAAGUUGGAACUGGAGGAGUGAAGGGGACAUAAUGUUAAAUGGAGCCUUCUUUGUGCCUUCUGGAAAUGGUUUAACUUCACAAUAUACCAAAGCCUCUAGUAUUGCACCCAAAUCUGCAGCAGCUAUUGACCAGAUUACCAUGUAUGCUGGUGCUUUUGGAGACCCCAGGGAUGACACAAACAUGCCACAAGGCGGUGGAACAAGCACGAGUAGCAGCAGUCAGGCUAAAUCUGGCUAUGGAUCCAGCUCUGGCUCUGGCUCUGGCUCUGGAUCUGGAUCUGAUGGUGAUACAGACUACUUUGGCAUGAUGUUUGGGAGUGGCGGACCACCAUCCUUAUCUAAAGCCUCCAUUUUCUUGGCUAUUGUUGUCGUUUCAAUAAUUUGCACGAUUACUAACCACGAUAACUUGAUGUCCUUAACAUUAUUGUGUCUAUAGUUAUUAAUCAAAACAAUUAAACAAAAACCCGGAAAAAAGUUACCAAUUUUCAGUAAUGUCCUGCGGCUUUGUAACUUAAUCUGCUACCAUGGGGGAAGUUAUUAAACACAAGAACAGAACCCAAAGUAGUAUGGGCUGAGCUGAACUGUAUAUUUUGGAAUCAUGAGAAAUGCCUAAUCUAAUCACUAAUUAAUUAUUCUUCAA